UGAACCCGAUAAUUAUAUACUGUGUGCUUCCCAAGUUGAGAAAGAUGGGUCGAGGCUACUUUCCUAUGUUGCGCAUAGCUUUUGGGGGCAUCAUCAUAGUUCUAUCCGUAGUGUGUGCCUUGGUGCUAGAGAUUAUCCGUAUGGACUAUCCAUGUGCCAGGACGAUAUCCGUUUACUACCAACUGCCUCAGUGGAUUCUGGCUGCUGUAGGGGAGAUUAUUUUGUUUUCAACAGCGGCUGAGUUAGUAUGCCUUGAGACACCCAGAGGAGUGCAGGCAGUACUGCUGGGACUUGGAUGGACAAGUAUUGGAAUCGGCUCCGUACUGGCCACAAGGUUUGAUAACUUCAUUCGAGCAGCAUUUCCAGCGACGCCUUGUUUUAUAGAGAAUCACAACUGUCAAAGUUCGAGAAAUCUCUUUUUUGGAAUGGUGGUGGCGCUGGUAAUCAACUUCUUGUUCCUGGCAGCGGCCGCACGGCUAUGGAAACAGCCUACGCCCCGCAGAGCAACAAGAGUCAGUAAUUAACCACUGAACAAAUUGCAGAUUGUCUGAGAAUCUCGCCCUGGAACUUGGAAAAUGUGUCAUGGAGUACACUGUACUUGUAUCUAUUAAUAAUGGAGAUCGACAUUCAAUUUUCAACCGAAUUCCAUUAUACGUAUUUCUCUAAGAUAAAUAAUGAAGUAUCAAUGAAAAACUGAGCCUUGUCAGCAAUUUUUGUUUUUGCACUUCAUACUUAAAAAUAGCAAAUUCACACCUACACCUCAUCUCUGAAAAAAAUGGGCAUGUAUGUUCAGUGCACGUGCUUUUAUAUAAUUAGCUACACGCAUGCCCAUUGUACAAGUUCGUAGCAAUACAGACACGAAGUUAAAAUAAAAAAAUUGGAUUUGAUAAAGUUAUAUGAAAAUAUUGUUUAUAAAUUAAUAAACCAUGAAAAUGUACAGUUCCAAAUGACGUUCACUUUUUAUUGCUUUUGUAAUCACCAAAUCAUUCCAAUACAUCCAUAUUAUUUUAAUGGUUUGUGAAAUCAUUUAAGACAAAAAUAAUAUUAAAUAAUGAAUAACUAGUGCAGACAGUAAUUCAUUCACAAUAAAUGCAAAUAAAUUACCCAACUCCGAAACAAAUUUGAAACAUUGAUGCAAGCACUUGCUAUCGUUUAAAGUCGUCAUAUUGUUCAGUUUU